UGGACGCAGCAGCUCCACGGGCUGCUCCUGGGUGACGCCAGCUUGGCUGCCCGCAGGGACUUCAUCUCGGGCUUCACCGCCCUGCACUGGGCCGCCAAGAGCGGCAACUGCGACAUGGUGACAAACAUCAUCCGAGCGGCCGAGAAGGGGGGGACUCGCGUCAACGUGGAUGCCAGGUCGCACGGUGGCUACACGGCGCUCCACCUCGCCGCCAUACACGGCCAGGAGAAGAUCAUCACCAUGCUGGUCUACAGCUACCACGCCAAGACCGACCUGAGGGACUACAGCGGGAAGAAGCCCCACCAGUACUUAAAGGAAGGGGCCUCCUCUGCGGUCAGGCGCUUGCUGGGGGACCCCAGCCUUCCCCACAACACGGAGCCUUCUGUGCCCAUCAAGAAGAGCACAAAGCUCGCGGCCUCAAUCUUGAGCUCCACUAGCACUUUCCUGGGGGUCAUAUCCGAUGACAUGGCUUUCUACGAUCUCACCAAAGGUUUAAGGAAGCCCUCGUCCUUAAACAAGCUCCUGGCUGCUACUACGGGCCCCAGGAGGAAGCCAAAGACUAGAGGAGGCUUCCCGUCAUAUUCCUCCCUCUCCGAGGUAAUGGAGGAGGAGGAAGAGGAGGUCGUUGUGAAACGCAGACCCGUUUCCGAGCUGUUCUUUGGCCACUAG